GGUAACGGCGCGCGCUGUUACCCAAUCAACUCGCGUCACAAAACAAUCAACCGUCAUUUACGAUAGAGCAGGGAUCUACCAUCACGGUAUGGUCAAAGAUGUGGGCUGGAGAGUGUUUUACUAGGGGCGCUGUAUGAGAUUUGAUCGCUAGCUGACCGAGCGUAGCCUGGGCAUGACUUGUAGCGGUGACUCGUAUGGCUUCCAGAGGAUCCUGGUGAUCCUGGUCACCCUGUGGUUUCUCGGACUUUUCAUACUCGCGGUAUUGGCUGCCUUUUUCUUACACAUCUGGGUAAACCACAAGGAAACAAUCUUGGAGGACAUAAAGAAAUUACAGAGUGCUUUGGGAAACAGUGGCGACGAAAAAAUAACGGGAGAGGAGAGCAAAAAAGAGGAACAGGGGGAGGAAAAGACUCCUGAAAAGACAACAGAUUCGGCUUCUGACAACAUACAUCAACAACCCGGGAAGGAAACAAAACAAGAGCAGAGUUCUCGCGCAAGGCGUAGAGCAAGACGGAAGCGCCUCCGGGAAUCCACUCGGGCUGUCGAUUCAAGGAACCACGAAGAUGAAGACUCGUUUCCCACUGACCGAGAACUAAUCAGCGCCAAGAAAAUCCCAUUUAUCAAGCCAAGAAAGCUAGAGAAAUGGAGUCCGUCGCUGGAGGAAAUGAAAGCAUUCGUACCAUGGACAAAAGAUAAUGACCCUGAGGGUUUCGACCCCCAAGAGAUGUUUGAGAUCAAUGAGAAGAACUUUGGCGUCAAGUCUUCAUUCGACCCGAACAUGUCUCAGUACACUUGUCCGCUGAAGUAUAAAAGAGUUCGCUUGCCUGAUCCCUCCAGGCGCCAGGUGACCUCGUCUUUUUCCAAGAAAACGUCCAGAAAAUAAACCCGCAAUACAAGACUAGCCCGCGCCUUACAUAAAAAUUCAUGAAUGAAAAUGUCUCUUUCACUUGCAUUUUCUAACAAGCAGCAUUGUUUAUUUAAAUCUACUCAUUUAAUCCGUACCCAUUAUUCCGUACUCAUUUAUUCCGUACUUAAAUAAAUAAACAAGAGGCUGAAAUUUAAAAA